CACUGAAGUCCUGAUCUAUUGUGAGAGAAACAAACAAAAUGCAGAAUACGUUGCAAAUGUAAGAAGUGUGAGAGAAGCAAAACCUAUUGGAUUUGAUUCUUGUUCAGUUGGGGUUGUUUGCUUGUUGGAUUUGAAAAAUGAGGGUUUUGGCCAAUAAAAACCUUGGGAUUUAUGUUGGAUUUAUUGAAUUAUGGAUUUGAAGAGUCUAAUGUUUGCAUGAUAGAUUUGAUGAUGGAUUUGUGAUGGAUUUGUUAAAUAAAUAACUAACCAUCAAGGAUUUGCAAAUACCAAAUCAAUAUGUGGGAUUUACAAGUCCGUGGGGUCCACGGAUUUGGUUCCAAAAUAAAGACCAAAUUCGUGGACCCCACGGAUUUAGCACCCUUCAACAAACAAUGGACUUAUGUUAAAUCCAUCAAGCUUGGGAUUUGGGUACCAAAUCCAUGACCCAAAUCCAACAAGCAAACGAACGCUUACGGGGUUUUCUGAAGGCGUCUGGGUUGUCCAGAAGAGUUCGAUUGUAACUCAAGGAUCUCACACCCCCAACAUGAAAAUUAUCCAUCUUCAAUCCCUCACUCCAUACUAAGGGAACAAAAGAUAAAGAAUGGAGAUGGCAAUUUGAAUCUCCAAUAUGAUAAAUUCAUUAAGGAGUUGUUGGAAAACAAAAAACAUGGUGUGAUGAUGUUUCCUUGACCUUCAACGAGAAGUGUUUAGUCGUACUAAGCAAGAAAUCAUUACCAGAGAAGCUUUGAGACCUAGGGAGUUUCACUUUAUCUUGCACUCUGAGCUCUCUAAAAAUGGAUAAAUGUUUAGUUGACCUAGGUGGCAACAUAAAUGUUAUGUCAUCUUACAUGGUUAAAAAACUAAACCUAGGAAAGCUUACCCACUAGGAUGACCAUCCAGUUAACAAAAAAAACCACCAAACGCCUUCGAGGGAUUCUUAAAGAUGUUUUACCUAUUCUAUGACUCAGGUUUGGCAUAUUGGGGUGUUGUGGAAGAAGAAAUUGAAAUUCACAGUACUAGAGUCUAGAGACAAGUGACUAGUUUGUUCAUGGGAGUUUGCUAGGUGUGGAACCAAUGUAUCUUAAGAUUUGUGGAUGCUUCGAGUGAUGCACAUAGAAGGUGUUUGGUGUAUGAAGAAAUUAAAUAAAAGCUGCAGUGUUCUGUUCCAUGGUUGAUUGCAGGUGAUUUUAAUGCUACAAUAAAUGGAAGUGAGGCCUCAAAUAUAGUUGAGUUAGGAGGCAACUUAAGAAGCUUUCAAAAGUGGAUUGAUGAUCUCUAGCUUACUGAUCAUAAGGCUUUUUGUUCUUGGUUUAUGAUGUCGAUCGUUUGUACCACGUACCAAAUUCAUCAGGCCCUAAGGCCAUGAUCGUAUUUCCCUAGGGCCUCUCCCAUACCCUUACUUCGAAAGCGAGAUAUGGUUCUAUUGAAGAAGAGAGCAGGUUGUGGAGGUUGAGUUGCCUGUGCUUUUGCAUAACGCAAGAGUUCGGAACUUAAAGCAAUGCAGAAAAGUAAAACUAAGCUAAGUAACAAGUGAGAUAUUAGAUAAGAAAGGCGUUGUGUAGGCAAGCUCUCUCUAGGUCUCCUUACCAUGCCCCCUCGAUGAUCGGUAGCAUACAAGCUUCCAAAUUCUUAUUCCAUUAGAUCCCACCUUGUGUCAAAGCAUUUACUGAACAAACGGGUAACAAGGACCCUUCAAAUUUCUCCCUUGAGGGGUCACGCCAUUCGAUCAAAUGAAGGUCCAUCGAGUAGGACUGCUAUAAUUAGUCCCAUUCUAAACGAGUGGGGUUCUCGAUCUUCGCACAUUGAAGGAGUACUGAUCUAGCUGUAAGGUCUGAUUCAAAUCGACAAAUAAUGAAAUAGAGGAAAUCAAGCAUCACACAUAUGGAAAAUAAACAAUCGUAUUAAACAAAAUCAUUGACUUUACAUGGCUAAAGGGUUCAUAUACCUUUUUAUACUAAGGAACUAAGCUAGUCAUGAGGAGGGGUUUCUGGUGUUCCUUGAUGGAAGCAAAGACACUAGGACACCUAAUGGAAUAGGUGUCUGGAACAAAGAAAACAGGCCAAGGGGCGCCAUUUUGGGCGCCGAUUCUAUCUCGUAGGUUGGUCUCGUUCUAAAUUAGGAAGGUUGCUCUAUCACCAGAGUAACAACCCUUCUUUGACCUCUUGUCUCUUUCCCCUUCUCUCCUUUAUCUAGGGCUCUAUUUAUAGAAUCUUCGAUUAGGAUUUCACACGAUUAAUGUCUCCUUCUUGAAUCCACUUUGUUCGAGAUUUUUGCUUAUAGGAUUUCAUGCUCUCCUAGUCCCACCUGCCCCAUCUGUGACAAUCAGGAAGAAUCUAUUUCUCAUUGUCUUUUUUUUUUUGUCCUCAUGCUAGAGCCACUUGGAUAGAAACUGGUUUACAUCAUUUUAUUCCAACAUCUGACUUCCAUUUUCCUCUGUGGUUUUUCCACUUGCAGGAUUUUGUCCCCGAGGGUACUAUUAGGAAGAUGGCUUUUUUCCUAUGGAAUAUCUGGAUAUCUAGGAAUGGAUUUGUGUUUGAAGACAAGGUUAUUUCCCCAACUGCUACUGCAACGAUGGUUGAACGUGACCUGACGAAAUGGGAAGAAUCCCGAAAUCAUACCAACAAUUCAGCAAAUGGUCACUUCACUUCCUUGCAAACUCAGCCUAGGGGAUCCCGUUCAGACCCCUCACCACCGCCAGGGCCUUUCCAAAAGAUUGUGCAUUGUGAUGGAUCCUUCGUAUCGGAAUCACAGUUGGCGGCUUAUGGGAUUGCUAUUGCAAAUUCUCAUGGUCAGGUGUUUGAUGGCAAGGCUGAGACCUUCUAUUGUUCUGUUCCAAUUCAAGCGGAAGCUUUGUCCCUUCUCAAUGCGGUUAGGAUGGCAGCUCUUGACCCCGUUCGUACUAGCAUUCGCUCUGACUGCCAAAUCCUUACGUUGGCACUCAAACAACACCCGUCCUUGUGGCCUUGCAAAAUGUCAGGCGACGAUGGCACUGAUUAUUCCAAUCCUCCUUGCUGCUUCGUGGAUUGACGUUUCCUUUUCUUCUCGUCGACAUAAUGCUCUGGCUGAUUGGGUUGCUAACAAUGCCCACUUGGGUUUGUUACCAAUGGAUUGGAUUGGAAUCGCUAACCUGCUGUAUCCAUUGUUGUAACCUCUUUGCCUUCAAUUGGGUUGGUAAUGGAAUAAGAGAGUCCCACUUUGUUUAAAAAAAAAAAGAAGGAGACAUUAAUACUUCCUUAUUUCGUAAGUCAGUCAAGAUUAAAAAUAAAAAACAACAGAUCACUCGUUUAUUGAUUCCCGGGGAAAGAUUAUUAAAGAUAUUAAAGGUAUUUUUGAGGCAGGUAAUACUGAAAUUCUUUGCUACAUGUUUUAUGCCUUAGAUUGUAAACUGAACUAUCUUUACAUUGGUUGCUAAGUUGCAUAGCUCAGAAAGCAUGAAACAUUAUCGUCAUAUAUCAUGUUGCAAUGUUCUCUAUAAAGGAAUCUCUAAAAUUGUAGCUAAUAGGAUUGCAAUGGUGCUACCUAAAGUCACUAGUAGAUCUCAAACAGCUUUCAGUAAGGGUCGAGUCAUAAGUGAUACUAUCCUCUUAGUAUCAGAGCUUGUUAUGGAUUGUCAUAAAGCCAAUAUCUCCGCUCGGUGUGUGGUUAAAAUUGAUAUCAUGAAGCCUUUUGACUCGGGCAACUGGAAUUAUCUGCCUUUGUUUUGCUGAUGAGCUAAUGGUCUUUACAAACGGGUCAGUUCGAGGGGUAGGGGGAUCAACAAAUUAUUGGGUGAAUUUUGUCAUAUCUCAGUGCUAAAAACGUAACCUUGCCAAGAGUCUGUUAUUUUGUGCAGGGAUACGAAGAGGAGAAAUGAAAGCAAUUUCUGCAUAUACUUGUUUCGCGUUGGGCAUUGAUAACAGGUAAGUUUACCAGAAGGAUUGUCAGGUGUUGAUUGAUAAGAUCACUAAAAGUUUGAGAAGUUGGAGAACUAAUCUUCUUAGUUAUGCAGGGAAAAUUCAAUUAGUCAAUACCGUGAUUUAUGGUACUCUUUAGCACUGGAUGAACCUCUUUCUUUUGCCCAAGUAGGCGAUAAAAGAAGUGGAGAGAUUAUGUAGUGUGUUCUUGUGGAAUAUUGAUGAGUCAGGGGGGAGAACAAGAUCAGUUAUGGCCUGGGAAAAAUUGUCAAAACCAAAAAAUGAAGGUGCCUGGGGGUGAGAAACUUCAAGAGUUGGAAUAUGGCAUGUGUUACUCGUCAUUUAUGGGAAAUACUGGCUGAAGGUGUUUCAAUAUGUAUUGAUUGGAAAAAUAUAUCAUUAUAUCCUGGAAAUAAGCCAAGUUACAAAAUCAAACGAGUGACAUGUAGUCGGGUACAAAGAAAGGGCCUUGCGAGACACCAAAUGGACUACCCUAUUACUACGACGACCUACGAAUCCCACCUUAAACCCUAUAUGCUCAACCAGAUAGUUCAAUACUUCACGAAAGAUGGCCCCAACGCGACUAUCACUACCCUAACGACCAUAAUUAGCAUCACCCUCGAACCUUACCACCGAGGGAAGCAGACUGCGCACCACCAUCCCUAGCUACUGGAGCGCGCACAAUCCUCUCCUUAGGUACAAUAAUCCACUCAUGCAACUUUUGAUGGUAUUGCCUCAUCACAGCUAGGAUUUCAAAUUGUUUGCCAUCAAAAUAAACCUAGUUACGAGAUUUCCAUACCGUCAAAGCACGGCCACAAACACCAAUACUUGGUGCAGGGUCUAGAUGAGAGCCAACAUUUUUUUAAAGAACCGCGGGAAAGUAUGACGAGGGAGGCCCUGACCUAGAUGCUCCAGACUCGCAUGAUCCCACAAAGCUCUGGCUACAGGGCACUCCAAAAAGAGAUGCUCCAUAGUUUCGGAUUCCGCCCAACAAAUCGGACAUCGAGGAAGCACCGGAACAUCCUUCUCAAUAAAGGCUUUCGUUGUUG